UAAUUCGUCGGGGUCGGCAUACAAAAUAUUUACAAAAGAGUGCGGGAAAGGGAGAAAGUCAGAAACAAAGACUUGAAAGAGAAAGCUAUCUCGAUUUUACGGAAGAAUUCGUUACAGUAAAACAACAGAACCCUAUAACGACAAAUAAACCUUUUAAAGAUGCCAAAGUCCAAAGAAUUCAUUUCUUCAUCGGAAUCUGACUCUGACAGUGAUCAGCCAAAACAAAAAAAGAAGAAGGUUGAGAAAAAGGAGAAAAAAGAAAUAAAAAAAGAAGUAAAGAAGGCAGAGAAGUCAUCUUCAUCGACAAAAGGACCUGGAGGAGAACACAUGUUUCAGCUUUCCACGAUGAGAUUUGCAACUGUCAGUGAAUUCCGUGGAAGAGUCAUGGUGGGGAUCAGAGAGUAUUACGAUGCAGGGGGAGAGUUAAAACCAGGGAAGAAAGGAAUUUCCCUCACAUUGGAACAGUGGACAAGUCUAAAAGAACAGAUGGAUGAAAUAGAUGAAGCCGUCAAAGAACUCUCAUAGAGCUCAGCUUUGCCCAGUGUUUCAUGUGGUCUCAAACUUCACAAGUGGCAGUACUUUCAUGGGGAAUAUGUAUUAACCCUGUACUAAAAGUAAACUUUUAUUAGGUCUAAAACUCAAGACCUACAUAAACCGGUUUGAUAACUAUCGGGCCACUUACUAGUCAAGUCUAUCAAGACCAAACAGUAAUUGUAAUGCGUACUGUUUUAAAUGACUUCGGUUUAUAAAUAGAUAUUAAUGCUCAAAGAGUGAUCUUGCCUUCUGGUUUGUCUUUUAUAAUUGAAGAUAAUGAUGUACAUUACAUGUAUAUUGGAUAUAGUGCCAUCAAGUUUCUAUAGUGCGAUAUUUCUGAUAAAUAAGAGUUCAACAAAGCAUUUUAAAAAUAAGAGUCAAACAAUAGCAUAUUGAACUUUAUCACCAGGUUUUCUCUGUAUUGAGCUAUACAUGUAUGUAUAAAGCAAGCUACUUCUAGUACAUGAAUAUAUGACAUAAAUCAAAGCUUGUAAAGAGUAAUUUCUUUUUAUUGUAGUAAAUCUCUGUCAGAAUUCUUCUUUAAAUUGUACAUCUUCCAAAUUAAGAUAUUGUUUUUCUGUCCACCAAUAAUGUCCAUGCUUUCUAAUUAAACUGAUGAAUCCUC